GGGGUGGCAUUAGUGUCCAAAAAGAACGUGUUGACAGAGUUUCUAGAACUUCUCCGUUGGUAAAACGAGCUUUCAACCUCGACUAUAUAGGCGGAGAGGCGAAUCACAGUCUGGAGCAUUUUAUCCUUCACGUCGGCACAGUCUACGACGCUUGGAAGAGCUCGCGUGACCGAUAUUAUUCGCCAUAUUUUGCUCUCUUCCAAUCAAGCGGUACCGGAAAAUCAAAACUCUUUAAUAGUUUAACCGAUUCAUACUGGGUGUCUUAUGUCAGUUUAGCAACAGACAAAGCAUAUCCGCAGACUCCUGGUCUAAAACAAAAUCUUUUAUCGACCUCGGCCAAAAAUUUAGACCUUUCAUAUUACUUCUCUUAUUUUUGUGCUGUGCUUCAAUCAUGGAACAAAGCGCUGAAAGAAAAUCCCGAAGGUUAUCAAUCCUGGUCAAAAAAAUGGUUUAAUGAUGAGAAAGUUGUCGAUGAAAGUAUUAUAGAAAAACACAAGAGCCAAGUUGCAGAAUUUGGCUCAGAAGACGAUUUCGAAAAAUAUGCCGGAGAGCUAUUAGAUGCAAUGGUUGAUGAAACACAGUUUCCAUUACUUAUCAUCUUUGAUGAAGCUCGUGCGAUGGUUGCAACAGGCGACUUUCAGUUUAUUCGUCGAGCGCUCCGCUAUUUUACAAAUGGUAUUGUGGCAGUAUUUGCUGACACCAUGUCGAGUUUGUGUAAUUUUUCUCCAUUGGCAGAAGCGGAUCCAUCUUUCCGACCUCGCACAUACAUGGAACUUUUCCCUCCCUUUUAUCAGCUGUGCACCUUUGAUUUAUUUGCCCGCCAGAAAAACUACCUGGAUUGUAAGAUAUGGGAAUAUGGAAGGGUCAUGUGGGCGGCUUUCAGGUCAUGUGGUAUGACUGACAGGGAUCUUGUUACUUUUGCUCAAUCGAAAUUACUUGGCGGCUACGAACAGAUGGAGACACUCCCAACAAUAACACCACAAAUGGCAAUAGCCAUACUUUCAUCAUUUGCAAGCAUUGAAAUCACACCCUCUUCUUCCCUGGCAAAGCAAGUUGUUGCUGGUAACAUGGCGAUUUGUCUUCACGUAUCUCAUGACCGAUCUAGCAUAAUGGCACGAUACCCAUCGGAUCCUGUUCUGGCUGAAGCAGCGGCAAAAUUGGUGCAAGAUACAUUCAAUCACGAAAAGCGUAUGCAAAUGCUAAGAAUAUUGGCAAACAGCCUUGCUAACGGUUUAGUAGAACGAGGGAAGAGGGGUGAGCUGAUUGGUUCGUUGAUAAUUGGAUUGGCAAUGCAAAGAUGCCAAAAGUCUCACUUUCAGAAAAGGAUAUCUUUUCGAUAUUCUCAGGCAGUUUCUUUAGAGACUUUUUUGAAUGUGUUCAUUGAUAUUGAUGAGGAAAGUUCGGAUACCAGGCUCGAAAAUGUCUAUGUAAAGUUUUCACAUGCAUGGAAAAUCAGUGGAGGAUCAAACCAGCAGCUAUCUAAGACGUUAUUGAAAGCUGGAUGGGAUCGAUGUUGUUACUUUCUGUGCGAAGAAAACCAGGAAGCUGUUGAUGUCAUCAUUCCGACAUCGCGUAAUGCGAACGGUUAUGAGGAUGGUCCCCCUUUGCUUAUCCAAAUCAAAAAUCGAUCUGGGAGGGGUGCAAUCAGAGACGCAUUUUUAAAACUUGGUUCUGCAAGACUCGAUGCAAUCAAGCCCGAGUCAGGUGAUGUGAUGUUUGUCGGAUUAUUGCUUUCAUUUGGAGCAAAAAUGGCCAAGUCAGAAAGGUAUUCUGUUGAUGAGGAAGAUUUCGAAUCUCUGCGCUAUGGCGUCAUUUACGGUGUAUAUGGAAGCCGAUGUUUUCAGAACCUAUUUGAGAUUGUUAAAGAGAAUGAUGAGAUAGCAGCAGCUAUCAGCGAGAUCUUAGAUGCGUUCCCCGACCCAAUGAAGAAAGAACUUCCAUCUCUGUUGCAAGAUGACGAAUGCUAUUGCACUUACAACAGUGAGUUUCUUAUCACAACUACCUUGAUCCAAAACCUAGCUGAGAAGGAAUAA